ACGCAGCGUUUUUCGUACUCUCAUUCUACGGUGUACACGCGCAUCCCUCUAUCUAGCCUGUGUUCAGUCAGUCACCUUCCCGCCGCUUGCUGCCGCUACCUCUUCUCUUCCUUCGACCUCCGCGUUCCGGCCUAUUGCACCGCCUGCCUCUUCCGCUUUGAUGUUCUUUCAGUAGGAAUGAGUCGUGUACAAGGACCUUCAUCCCUUAAGAGGAAACGGCCAGAACUGAAUUCUCCAGUUCAAUCUCUGACUGAACAUGAGCGUAUCCUCUAUGAUGUGAUCCGAGGCAAACAAGAUAUUGGAAUCUGGACCAGAGACAUGAAAAAAGAAGCCAAACUUCCAGAUAAUGUGGUAAAUAAAUCUCUCAAGGCUCUGCGGGUCAAAAACUUGAUAAAAGAGGUGGUGAACAUCCAAAACAAGGGGAGGAAACACUUCAUGGCAACAGAGUUUGAACCUUCAAAGGAAAUCAGUGGAGGGGCAUGGUAUCUUGAGGGGAGCCUUGAUACAGAGUUUAUCGAGUCACUGAGGCAGUUAUGCAAACGCCAAAUAGAAAAGAAGGGGGUUGCCACUUUGGUGGAAGUUACAGAUAUGAUCAAUAGUUAUCCAGCCUUCAAUGUUGACGUGACAAAACAGCAAAUUGAAGAGAUCCUGAGGACUUUGAUUUUGGACAAUGCAAUCAUGGAAGUGAAGAGUAAUGGAAUGGGUGAGUUUGCUUCAAUUCCUUUUGGAGAGGUUUGCUAUAAAUACGUUAGCAAGGGAGGCCUUGGAGGGGAGCCAAAGGCAGGGGCAUUAGCGUCCAUCCCGUGUGGAGUUUGUCCACGGAUAAGUCAGUGUACACCUGAUGGCAUUAUCUCUCCAAAGACUUGUGUCUACUACCAGAAGUGGUUGGAUUUUUAAUUUCUAAGCAUAUAUUUUAAAAAAUUAUCUCGCUCUUUUACAUUUAAGAUGUCGAAAAAUCUCCUUUCUGGAUACCAUGUUAUCAUUUAUAUAAUAGCAUAAUUUGCAUUUUUAUUAUUUCUCUUUGGAGUCCCAUGUUGUUCUGUGCUGCAAUGUUAUUAAGCAUCUCCAUUCAAUGUCCAGCGGCUCAGUUUCAACUUCGGGACUCUCUGAUAUUUUGUAAAGCCCUUCAGGAAUAACCGUUCAUGUUCUGUUAAUACAUGUAACUAAUUUAUGUUGC